GGCGGGAGCGGACGGCCCGGUUCCCUCCCCCCCGACCUCCGCCGGCACAGGCGCCGUCGGGCCUCCGGGGAUUUCCCGCCAUGGACUCGCCGUCCGCCACCAACAGCACGGGCCCGGAACAUAACUCGCUGACCAUCCCGGCGGUGAUGUUCAUCUUCGGCGUGGUGGGCAACCUGACGGCCAUCGUGGUGCUGUGCAAAUCCCGCAAGGAGCAGAAGGAGACCACCUUCUACACCCUGGUGUGCGGGCUGGCGGUCACCGACCUGCUGGGCACCUCGCUGGUCAGCCCCGUGACCAUCGCCACCUACGUGAAGGGCCAGUGGCCGGGCGGGAUGGGGCUGUGCGAAUACAGCACCUUCAUCCUGCUCUUCUUCGGCCUGUCCGGGCUGAGCAUCAUCUGCGCCAUGAGCAUAGAGCGCUACUUGGCCAUCAACCACGCCUACUUCUACAGCCACUACGUGGACAAGAAGCUGGCCGGCCUGACGCUGUUCGCCGUCUACGUCUCCAACGUGCUCUUCUGCGCCCUGCCCAGCAUGGGGCUGGGCAGCUCCAAGCGCCACUUCCCGGACACCUGGUGCUUCAUCGACUGGAGCACCAACGUGACCACCCACGCCGCCUUCUCCUACAUGUACGCCGGCUUCAGCUCCUUCCUCAUCCUGGUCACCGUGCUCUGCAACGUGCUGGUCUGCGUGGCUCUCAUCCGCAUGCACCGGCAGUUCGUGCGUCGCACCUCCCUGGGCACUGACCAUCACCACUACCAUCACCACCACGAGCAGCACCCGGCCUCGGCGGCCACCCUGGCCACCGCCCACCUGGGCUCCGGCCCGGGGUCCUCCGCCGUCCCCCGGCUCAGCGACCUCCGUCGCCGCCGGAGCUUGCGCCGCAUCGCCGGGGCCGAGAUCCAGAUGGUCAUCCUGCUCAUCGCCACCUCGGUGGUGGUGCUCAUCUGCUCUAUCCCGCUGGUGGUGCGCGUCUUCGUGAACCAGCUGUACCAGCCGGAGACGGUGCGGGACAUCGGCAAGAACCCCGACCUGAAGGCCAUCCGCAUCGCGUCCGUGAACCCCAUCCUGGACCCCUGGAUCUACAUCCUGCUCCGCAAGACGGUACUCAGCAAGGCCAUCGAGAAGAUCAAGUGCCUGUUCUGCCGCAUGGGCGGGGGCGGGCGGGCGGCCCCCCCGGGGCACCGCUUCCCCUGCGCCGACGGCCGCGGCCCUUCCUCCUCCUCCUCCUCCUCGGCCUCCACCUCGGCCCGCUCGCGCUCCUUCCUGUCGCGGGAGCUGCGGGACGUCAGCAGCACGUCCCAGACCCUCCUCUACCUGCCCGAGCUCAGCGAGGGCAGCCUCGGGGGGCGGCCCGCCCUGCCGGGGGCCUCGGGGACCCCCGCCCCGGACGGCUCCGAGGCCUCGGACGCCUCCCAGGGCCCCGACUCGGACGGCGGCCUGCUGGCGGCGGGGCCCGGCCCGGGCCCGGCCUUAGGCCCCGCCAGGAAACCCUGCGGCCUGCGGGCCCUUUUCCCCAGUGAGACGUUGAACUUUUCCGAAAAGUGCAUCUAGCCGGGGGUCGGGAACGGUACGGGGAUUGAUGGUGGGGGAGACUCCCGCUCCGGGAUCCCCCGGAGCGUCGAACACGUGCGGCGAGGAGGCGGGAGGCCCCUCUCCGGGCCGGACGUCUGACCUCUCCCGCCGUCGGGAAUGGGGGGCUCGAGGACGGGAUACCCCGAGCGCACCCAGCCCGGGUGAGGGGGACCGGCUCCGGGGCGGAGGGUCCGCCGGUGGGAGAGACGCACCCCUUUCCGACCGGACCCGGGGGGCCGAGUCCGCGACUGGCGGUCGGCCCUCCGGUCGUCGCGGCGGGCGGUCCGCUCAAGUGUCUCGCUUGAGCACGAAAAUGUGAAUUUUAAUGGUCGUUUAGGCGAACGGAGAAUACGAGCCAAAGUAUUCCGGACCUUUUCUUCUCUGUGAGAAGGUGAAUUAUGGACGCAGAGUAUGGUGAAAUAGACCACGCGCCUCGAAGGACGCCGCUGACGGGACCGAUUUCCCUGUUAGCCGGAUCCUCCGGAGGCACCGAGGGGUGAUCCGUGGAUUCUCCAUCGUCAAACCAACGGAUGGCAAAGGAGAUGGGUGCCGUCUUUUAGUAACGUCAAGGGAGUGGGAAAAAAAACAACAAUUAGACCCCAAAAUUUGGAAAAGCACAGUCCGAACUGUACCUAUUCCAAGGUUUUUUUAUUUUUUUUUAACUCUACCAAAGGGGAACCAGACACGGUAGUAAAGAUCCACACCCGGCACCCGCCGUUUAAAUAAUACAAUGGAAAUCGAGGCUCAGUUAACAGCAAGGCUUCGGGUUUUCCUUUUAAUCGAAGUGAACGGAAUCUCCGUCUGCCUCUUUUAAGGCUUCAGUGUGUCAUCUUCACCAGCUUCGGAGGCGAGGCUGGAGAGUUUCCCGCAGAGAGAGCAGAAGCGCUUAGUACAGUGCUCUGCACACAGUAAGCGCUCAAUAAAUACGAUUGAUGAUGAUGGAGAGUUUCCGGCAGAGAGAGCGUUCACCACCCCGUCGAAGGGCGGGCAGGUUGGCUUCUCUCCCAGGCCUCCGUGUUUCGCUUCAUCCCACCCCUCGCUCCCCCGUACAGAGACGUGGAAGGCCUUUUCUUUUCUUUGAAAGCGCUCCGCAUGUCCCGUGGCUUCAAAUGUUUGUGAAUUGCUCUUGUAAUGAACCUCUGAGCCUGAUGUUGGUAUUGUUUGAGAAGUCGUCGUACCAGCCCAAAUCGUUUUGGAGAUCGCAAUAAAACGGAAACUUGG